AUGGCGGCCACUCUGCCCUUUUCGCGGAGCUACGCUCACCAGGCCGUCCUCGACGCCUCCGCCGAAUUCGGGCAGGCAGACCCCUACGACCAAUGGGGCCCCAACUCGGUCCCGCCUUCCUCCGGCUCCAACAUACCCUGGGACGAGCAGGUGGUGCCUGCGCUGCGCAAGAAGCUCGAGAGGGAGAGCAACAAGCUCGGCAAACGCAUCAGCGCCAUCGAGGCCAGCGACGGGGGCUGGACCGCCAGCGCCCUACGCUCCAGGGAGAGCAUCGAGCGGAGGGACUCGAGGCCAUCGGCCCAGCUGCGUCGGUCCACGCUCGAUGACGAGGAGCAGGCGGUGGAGGAGGAGCUCGGCGUCUCCCGAGAUGCUGGCCUCGGCCGCCACAAUGCGUACGGUCCGGGAGAUGGCGAGACGACGGCGGCGCUGGGCGGCGGCGCAGGAGGCGGUGCCACGCGGACCCCGUCUUCGGCUUCACACGCGAGGGCGAGGGUGCAGUCGUCGAUGGCGGCGAUGCGGCCCUUGAAUGGCGACCUCGCCCGCGCAAGCUCGCAGAAGCGCAACGGUCCCCCGCGAGAUGACGCCACCGCGAGGGCCGUGGAAAGGGCUCGCAGGCUGGCACGGGAGCGGGCCGAAUCGAUCCGGGCAAGCUCACCACUGGAGAGCCCGACGUCGCGGAGUGGACACGGUGAUCUCCGGCGCGACAGCUAUCAAAGACGGGACAGCUCGAUCUACGAGCACCAGCGGCAGACGGCCUUUCCAGGGCAGAACGGAGAGCACCGAUCGGCAGUCCCGGGAGCAGUGCAGCAGAGCCAGCAGCAGUCGCAGCCGCCGCAGCAGCCACGGCAGGCCGGGUCGAGCUUCGAACAGAAGCGGCUGCGCACCCACUCGACGCCAAUGAAGUACGCCGGCCCCUCAAGCGGCAGGCGGCCGAGCGCCAACAAGGGGCGCGCGGCAGCGGCAUCGGAAUCGACAGACUACCCGACCACGCCACAGCCACCGAAUGGCCGCUCGCACGCCGAGGCGGACCGGACACCGGCAUCCAGCCACGGGCCUCACCGCGAGACCGGAUCUUCUCCGUCGUCGGCGGGCCGGCAGCCGCUAUCGCGGGCCGAGCGGAACACGCCUCCCCACGAUCAGCCCCUCGACGAGUUCGGCCCACUGGGCGGCGUCAAGCCGGACUCGGCCAAAUCGACGCCCACUCGGGUUGCUUCGAAACGCUCGAACCCCACGUUGCAGCCGGACGCAUUCCGCUCGCUGUCGCCGCACCGCUACGUGGCAGGCGCUGGCGAUGGCGCCGUCCAGGGCAACGGCCACCUGAGCGCGCCCGGCGAGUUUGGGCACAUUGGCCCGGCGCCGGUCGUCUCGGUGUCGAAGCCGACCUCGGCCAAUGCGUGGGACGACGAGAUCGUCCCGACUGUGGCCAGAAGGCUGCAGCAGCAGAUGCUCAUGGCGGGCGAUCCGAGGCUCAGCCACGUCGACGGUCUGAUUGAUACGUGGGACCGCAACGGGCUGCCGCUGAGCAAGAGCGAGGUGGCGCGCCGGAUCAAGCAGGUCCAGGAAGAGGCUGCGGCGGAGCGACGCGGGCAGCAGGGCGGCCAGGCCGGCGCCGGUGCCGCGGCCUACGACGGGGGACCUGCCAACGCCGCGCAGGACGGGCAGGGCAGGUCCGAUGAGGCUAUCCGAGCAGCAGAGGCAGCCCUGGCUGGAAAAGAAGGCGAGCAGCAGCAGCAGCAGCAGCAGCAGCAGCAGCAGCAGCAGCAGCAGCAGCAGCAGCAGCAGCAGCACGCACAUGACACUGCGAUGCAGCGCAGCCGGGACGCCGAUGUCGAGGCCGACGGUGCGCGCGGCCAGGCGUCCUACGAGAUGCAGUCGCUGCACCAGCCGACGCAGGACGACCGGCACAACAAGUCGAGCCGCAGCCGUCAUUCGCACGCCGAAGAGUCGGCUCACCAGACGAGCUACGACGUGACCCAGCAGCAUCGUCAGCAGCAGCGGCAGUAUCAGUACGACCAGCAGCAGCACCAGCAGCAGCAGCAGCAGCAGCAACAGGCCGAGCAGCUGUUCCAGCCUGCGCCUGCGCCCCAGAUGGCGACCAGCUCGCAGCCGCCGCAGCCGAGGCCCGGCGGCGCCGCUCAGAAGAAGACGGACGAGGAUGCGGGAUGCUGCAAGUGCAACGUCAUGUAG